AUGGACAUCAGUCUGCUGAUCAGAGGAACUCGUGCUGGCAGGUGUCAAUAUAAACUCAAGUCUAACCUGAAGGAGAAGUUCCAGUGUCUGUUUGAGGGGAUCGCUAAAGCAGGAAGCCCAACCCUUCUGAAUCAGAUCUACACACCGCUCUACAUCACAGAGGGAGGGACUGCAGAGGUUAAUGAUGAACAUGAGAUCAGACAGAUUGAAACAGCAUCCAGGAAACCAGACAGACCAGAAACAACAAUCAGACAAGAAGACAUCUUUAAAGCCUCACCUGGAAGAGAUGAACCAAUCAGAACAGUGAUGACAAAGGGAGUGGCUGGCAUUGGGAAAACAGUCUUAACACAGAAGUUCACUCUGGACUGGGCUGAAGACAAAGCCAACCAGGACAUACACUUCACAUUUCCAUUGACUUUCAGAGAGCUGAAUGUGCUGAAAGAGAAAAAGUACAGCUUGGUGGAACUUGUUCAUCACUUCUUUACUGAAACCAAAGAAGCAGGAAUCUGCAGGUUUGAAGAGUUCCAGGUUGUGUUCAUCUUUGAUGGUCUGGAUGAGUGUCGACUUCCUCUGGACUUCCACAACACUGAGAUCCUGACUGAUGUUACAGAGUCCACCUCAGUGGAUGUGCUGCUGACAAACCUCAUCAGGGGGAAACUGCUUCCCUCUGCUCGCCUCUGGAUAACCACACGACCUGCAGCAGCCAAUCAGAUUCCUCCUGAGUGUGUCGGCAUGGUGACAGAGGUCAGAGGAUUCACUGACCCACAGAAGGAGGAGUACUUCAUGAAGAGAUUCAGAGAUAAGAAGCAGGCCAGCACCUUCAUCUCCCACAUCAAGACAUCACGAAGCCUCCACAUCAUGUGCCACAUCCCAGUCUUCUGCUGGAUCACUGCUACAGUUCUGGAGGUUGUGUUGAAAAGCAGAGAAGGAGGAGAGCUGCCCAAGACCCUGACUGAGAUGUACUUCCACUUCCUGGUGGUUCAGUCCAAACUGAAGAAUGUCAAAUAUGAUGGAGGAGCUGAGACAGAUCCACACUGGAGUCCAGAGACCAGGAAGAUGAUUAAGUCACUGGGAAAACUGGCUUUUGAGCACCUGCAGAAAGGCAACCUGAUCUUCUAUGAAUCAGACCUGACAGAGUGUGGCAUCGAUAUCAGAGCAGCCUCAGUGUACUCAGGAGUGUUCACACAGGUCUUUAAAGAGGAGAGAGGGCUGUACCAGGACAUGGUGUUCUGCUUCGUCCAUCUGAGUGUUCAGGAGUUUCUGGCUGCUCUUCAUGUCCAUCUGACAUUCAUCAACUCUGGAGUCAAUCUGCUGGAAGAACAACAAACAACAUCCUUUUGGUCUAAAGUCUUUAAAGACAAACCUGAACCAACACGUUUCUACCAGAGAGCUGUGGACGAGGCCUUAAAGAGUCCAAAUGGACACCUGGACUUGUUCCUCCGCUUCCUCCUGGGUCUUUCACUGCAGACCAAUCAGACUCUCCUACGAGGUCUGCUGACACAGACAGGAAGUAGCUCAAAGACCAAUCAGGAAACAGUCGAGUACAUCAAGAAGAAGAUCAGUGAGAAUCUGUCUGCAGAGAGAAGCAUCAAUCUGUUCCACUGUCUGAAUGAACUGAAUGAUCGUUCUCUAGUGGAGGAGAUCCAACACUACCUGAGAUCAGGAAGUCUCUCCACAGAUAAACUGUCUCCUGCUCAGUGGUCAGCUCUGGUCUUCAUCUUACUGUCAUCAGAAAAACAUCUGGACGUGUUUGACCUGAAGAAAUACUCUGCUUCAGAGGAGGCUCUUCUGAGGCUUCUGCCAGUGAUCAAAGCUUCAAAUAAAGUUUUGUUGAGUGACUGUAACCUCUCAGAGAGAAGCUGUGCAGCUCUGUCCUCAAUUCUCAGCUCCCAGUCCUCUAGUCUGAGAGAUCUGGACCUGAGUUACAACAACCUGCAGGAUUCAGGAGUGAAGAUUCUGUCUCCUGGACUGAAGAGUCCACACUGUACACUGGAAACUCUCAGUCUGUCAGGAUGUCUGAUCACAGAGGAAGGCUGUGCUUCUCUGGCCUCAGCUCUGAACUCCAACCCCUCCCAUCUGAGAGAGCUGGACCUGAACUACAAUCACCCAGGAGACUCAGGAGAGAAGCUUUUGUCUGCUGGACUGGAGGGUCCACACUGGAGACUGGACACUCUCAGGGUGGACCAUGGUGGAGAGCACAGGUUAAAACCUGGUCUGGAGAAGUAUUUCUGUGAACUCACACUGGACACAAACACAAUGCACAGAAAACUCAAACUGUCUGACAAUAACAGGAAGGUGACACAUGUGGAGGAGUUUCAGUCAUAUCCUGAUCAUCCAGACAGAUUUGACUACUGGCUUCAGCUGCUGUGUAGUAAUGGUCUGACUGGUCGCUGUUACUGGGAGGUCGAGUGGAGAGGAAGAGUUUAUCUAUCAGUGAGUUACAGAAGAAUCAACAGGAAAGGAAAGAGUAAUGACUGUGUGUUUGGAGAGAACGAUCAGUCCUGGAGUCUGUACUGCUCUGAUGAAGAUGGUUACUCUGUCUGGCACAAUAAGACAAAAACAUCCAUCUCCUCCUCCUCCUCCUCCUCCUCUGUCUGUAACAGAGUAGCAGUGUAUGUGGACUGUCCUGCUGGCACUCUGUCCUUCUACAGAGUCUCCUCUGACACACUGAUCCACCUCCACACCUUCAACACCACAUUCACUGAACCUCUGUAUGCUGGGUUUGCCGUCGGACCUGGUUCCUCGGUGACUGUGUGUCGUCUGUCUGAGGUGAACGCUCUCAGCCUUCUGUUCCUGACUUUGAGUAUCGGCUGUUCCUGUUUGCCUGUGGCUGUUCCUGUCCUCCGGCUUCGGUCCUGUCAGGAGAGCCCAGAAAACUCCAGCUUGGUCAACCUCAUGUCCGUGAGUGCUACUGGCAUUGUCUUACCUGCUGUAAGUCUGUCUUCAGUGACCCUGAGCCCAGCCUGUCCCCCUACACAUCCUGCUUGA